CCAACCCGACACGACGUACACGCCUCCUCUCCGACCUCCCGUGCUGCUCCGCAUCAGCAACAACCCCUCUUAAACCCCGGCUUUCAAUCGCGGAGCGAGGCGCUCGCCGGCAGGUCGUCCAUGGGAGAGGCCGUCACCGCGGCGGAGCUUCUGUACGGCAUGCCGCUGCUUCGGUCUGUCACCGGCGGCGACGGGGGCGGCGGCGGCAGAGGCGCGGACCCCGGCGGCUGCGGCGUGCUGCUCGCGGAGCUCAAGCAACUGUGGGGGGAGAUCGGGAAGAGCCGGGAGGAGCGGGAGCGGAUGGUGCGGGACCUGGAGGCCGAGUGCAUGCGCGUGUACCGCCGCAAGGUCGACGAGGCCACCGGCGAGCGGGCGCUGCUGCACCAGUCGCUCGCCGCCGGGGAGGCCGAGAUCGCAGCGCUCACCGCCGCGCUCGGCGCCGACAACAGCCCGCAGCUCAAGGUAAACAAAUGGACCAUGUCGUUGACCGAGCGGGUGUCGUCAGCGACGUCCCUGCUGGAAGAACUGAGGGCGAUAAAAGCAGAACGGAGCAGGCAGUUCGCUGACAUCAGUUGGGAAAUCGAGAAGAUCGCUGCUGAAAUUGCAGGGAGGAGCUACGGCUACGAGGGCUCCCCCAGGGCCAGCGAGGUGGAGGAGCAUGACCUGACGAUCAGGAGGAUGAACGAGUACAAGGCACGCCUGACGAGUCUCCAGAAAGAGAAGUCCGAUCGGCUCCACAAGGUUCUGGAACACGUCACCGAGGUGCACUCGCUGUGCGACAUGCUCGGCGAGGACUUCAUCGCCCUCGUGAACGAGGUGCACCCGGGCCUGCACGAGACGGCCGACCCCGGCAAGCCCACCAGCAUCAGCGACAGCACGCUGGGCAGCCUCGCCCAGGUCGUGGCGAUGCUCACUUCCGAGAAGGCCAAGCGCGCGGCCAUGCUGCGAGAGGCCGUGGCGCCGCUGGUGGAGCUGUGGGAGCUGAUGGACUCGCCGGAGGAGGAGCGGCGGGGUUUCAGGAAGGUGACGGCCGUUCUGAACCCUGAAAAGGAGUCCCUGUCAUCCGGUGUCCUGUCAGUAGCAACCAUAAAGAAGACGGAAGAGGAGGUGGAGAGGCUGACGCGGCUCAAGGCCGGCCGGAUGAAGGAGCUCGUGCUCAAGAGGCGGCUGGAGCUGGAGAACAUCUGCAGGAACAUGCACGUGGAGCCCGAUGCAAGCACCGUGCCGGAGAAAUCCAUUGCGUUGAUCGAUUCCGGCCUCGUGAACCCUUCCGAGCUCAUGGCCAACAUCGACGAACAGAUCGCGAGAGCCAGGGAAGAGCUGCAGUCCAGGAAAGACAUCAUGGACAGGAUAAACAAGUGGCUGUUGGCUUGCGAGGAGGAGCAAUGGCUCGAGGAGUACAAUCAGGAUGAGAACAGGUUCAGUACUGGCAGAAUCGCACGCCUGAACCUGAAACGCGCCGAGAAAGCAAGGCUCAUCAUCACCAAGAUCCCAGCCAUCGUUGACAACCUGAUGAGCCGAACACUCGCGUGGGAGAGCGAGAGGAAGAAGCCGUUCCUGUACGACGGGGCUCGCUUGGUGGCCGUCCUGGAGGAGCACAAGCAAGCCAGGCUGAGGCAGGAGGAGGAGAGGAGGCGGCUCAGGGAGCAGAAGAAGCUGCGCACCCUGCUGAGCGAGAAGGAGGCGAUGCCGCACCUGAAGCGGCCCGGCAGCAGCUUCGGCCGCGCCGCCGAGCCCUGCGCCGUGAACCGGAAGCGGGUCGACGCGGGCAGGCACGCGUCCUCCGCGCCGUCCGUGCGCAGCGGCGCGUCGUCCAGCGGCAGCAGCGGUGGCGCUGCGAGCGCAGCCGAGCUCCUGAGGCCCCGGUCCUCGGCGGCGGGGGCGGGAGCCGGGCACUGCGGCGAGUUCUUCAAGGGCGCGAGGCGGCUCUCGGGGCCGCCGUUCAACUACGUCGCCGUGGCCAAGGGCGGCGGCAGCAUGUCCUCGUCGCUGGCGCUGUCUUGAAGACUUGAACUGAUCACGGGUCGAAAACGAGUACAAGUAGGCAGUAGCAAAUGUGUCGUGCAGAUACCAAUACUACUUGUAACAAUAACAGUGUUACACACAGAGUUUUCUUUUUUGGAAGGGCUGGUAGCCUAUCACUCAUGCUGGCAAAAUUGAUUGCUAUUUUACAUUUGACUUGUUGCAUUCGU